AUGCUUGCGUCGCUCUCAUCGUCUGUGCAGGGCUUCCUCGCCCGUUCGGCGUCUCAUACCCGGCUCGACGCGGCAGGCGCGGCGGAGGAGGGUUCAGCAGAGGCGAACGGUGGAACAGACGCAGCAGACUCACCACAUACGCCCUCUCCUCACCGUCCUAGCUCAGUGUCCGCCUCCGCCUCGACAUCCCAGCACUACUCGCCCACUUCCCUCUCCGCCUCAGGAAACCAAACCAUCCAGCGAGUCCUCGAUGCCCAUCCACACUUUUCCGUCUUCCGCAAGAGCGCGAGCGUGGGGAGUUUGGAUGAAUUAGCGAGAAGGAGAGAGGAGGAGGACGAAUCGCCUAUUGGGAGGAGGGCGAGUUUGGGCGUGAGGGAUUCGAGAGAUGCGAGGGAGGAAGAGGUGGAGACGCUCGCUACACCGCCGAAUCAGUCGCCUGCGCCUUCUCCGCGCCUUCAUCACCAGCCCAACCGUCCGAGUCCGGCUCGCACGGCAUCCGACUCGUCAGGCUCGUCUUUCCACCUCGACUCGGCUGAAAUGCCCUCUCUCAAUUUCGGGGACCAGUCCUCCUCUAUCUCGCUGUCGCCUGGUCCUGGGUCGGCGGGUACGAGUCCCGCCCCGUCUGUCGUGACGGGCACUCCGAGCGGAGGCGUACGACUCGUCCCCGACUCGCCUCCAACCACCCGCACACCCGCGCGCUCUCGCUCCGUCUCCGCCUCAUCCUCUUCCUCUUCCUCCUCCGCCGCGCAAUCCUCCAAAAAGUCCUCCUCAUCCUCCUCUUCGACCCUCCCACCGCACGUAGCGCGCAUCCAAUUCUCUCCCCUCUCACUCUGCCCCUCCCCGCUCCUUCACGCUCCGUCGCUCCCCCCGCCUCCUGCGCUUCCGUCGUUCGAAUCGCCUACCGAGGCGACCGCGGGAGGAGAGAAAGGGAUUCUUAAGCGUCCGAGGACGCCGGGGACGGGGAGGAGCGUGAGGUGGAGGGAGUGGGACGAUGAGAGGGAGAUUAGUCUCGAGCGAGAUGAGUCUCUUGAACACUCGCAUGAGCAGGAGGAGCGGGAGAAGGAGGUGGAAGGGAUGGAAGGGGAGGAACGAGCGUCGUUUUUGAGCAAGUUGAAGGCUGUCAUCCCCAGUCCGGAUUCGUCGCUCGUCGAGCCCCCUUCGCCGCCGGCUUCUCCGCCCAAGCCUCAAGAAUCGACACUCGACUCGGCGGCGGGAGCGCGACCGGGACCGGGACCGAUGUUAUUCGACGAAUCGAACCCGUUCAUCUUCGCCUCCUCUGUCUCGCAUAUCAGUCAGGCUUCGACGUCCGCCUGUUUCGCCAUCGCCGAGCGCUCCUCGGCUACGGCAGAUGAAGCGGAUCUUACGUCCCGACCGCCCGGCUCCUCCGACCCAGCGCCAGAAACAGCAGACGACUCCCUCUCACUCGCGCACCUCUCCACCGGCACAGAGGAAGACGAGCUACUCCUCAUGCGCGCAUCAACAGCGAACCUCGUCGCCCCCGAUUUUGGGGGAAAGUCGUUCCUCAUGCUUAGCCAGGUCGGCCAACCUCUUCCUCCGGGAGUGGCGGGGAAGAAAGGAGAGAUUGGGGUGUUGGAGGAGAUUGGCGAGGAGGAGGAGGAGGAGGAGGAGACGACGUUCGAACCUGCGCCGGCUGCGUCGCCUGCGCCGACAGUUGUGGCCACUCCGAGGGCAGCAACUUCGACUGCUCCGCGUGUUCCGUCGCCGCUUGCGCAGGUGACGCUCGUAGGAGACGCCUCGACUUCCUCCUCUACCUCCUCGCUGGCCGACCAAUCUACCUCGCAACCCGCCUCCAACUCGACGGGUCAAAACAGCCAGUCCUCGACUUCGUUCUACCGCCUCUUCAUGUCCACCCGCGCAUCGUCAGGUCUUUCCCGUUCGGCGGGGGAAGAGUGGGCGCGUCUGGAGAGGGGGGAGAAGGAGAGUCCAAAGGACCGUACUUCCUCGGCGGAGCGCGAGGAGGAGGACAAAAUAGAGCAGGAGGAGGAGGAAGGCGAGGAGGGGGAGAGGAGCGAGUAUUGGAGUAUCGUCAAGAGCCGGAUCGUCGACGAGGAGCAGGAGGAGCGAGAAGAGGAGGAGGAGGAGCAGGACGAGGAAGAGGAUGUCGAGGGAUUGCUGAGGGGUUUGGGGGAUAGUCGGUUUGUCGAAGUCGCGCGCGAGGAGGGAGGCAUCCGAGCGGUUGAGAGCGCGGAGGAUGCGGAGGACAGUGUGAUUGAGCAUCCGGAGGCGAGGGGAGUGUUCUUGUCGCCGAUUGUCGAGGUGACCGAACCCGAGUCGGACGCCAACACGCCCGUUAAGCGCGGAUCAGGUCGUCGCCUGCGUGCUCGCUCGCAAGACCCGCCUCCUCCUCAACCGACCUUCUCGCUCUCGCUCGCCGCCAAACAUCUUGCCUCUUCCGCUCCUCCCGCCACGCCCGGCCGCUCGACCGCCUCCGCUCUCCCGCCUAAGACUCCACGCUCAGCAUCCAAGAUCCCCCGCCCUCGCAACCCCGUCACCCCCUCGCAGAACCCUUUCCUCCUCCAACUGGCCCGCUCAGGGCCAGCCGGCGCACCCCCUUCUCGCGCCGCCACGCUGCUGCAAGACCUCUUCUCGACUCAGCAAGACCAACUCGCGACUUCCGCUUCGCAAAGGUUCAUCCUCUCGAGUCUCGUGACGAACCUUCAGAACGAGGUCGAGCACAAGGACGCGAUGGUUGCGAAUCUCAAGCGGCAGGUACAGGAGGCUCGGGCGGAGGCGAAGGAGAUUGAGCGACUUGCGCUCGAGUGGGAAGAUCAGGCUCUGCGUGCGAAGGAGGGAGAGUCGGUCAAGCAGGAUGAGAAGAAGAUUGCCGCGCUCGAGGAGACUGUGAGUCUCCUCGCUGACGAACUCGAGACGCGCGUGAGGGACGAUCGAGCAUUGAGACAGGCUCUCGAAGCGGAUUUGGAGCGGCUGAGGCACGAGUUGGAUGCGCGGACGGCCGAGGUCAGGGAAGGGGAGAUCAGGUUACGGUAUGCGCGGAUUGCGCAGGAGGAAGCCGAGGAGGCAAGGGACGCGUUGAGGGAUCAGGUAGAGAGGGAGAAGAGUCGGAGGGAGGAGGUAGAGAGAGAGAAGAACGAGGUCAAGGCGAGGUGGGCGUUUGACGUUGAGGAGCGGGACAACGCUUGCGCUCGACUGCGCGAGGAGAUCGAGCACCUCAAGUUGACGUCGCCUGGCAAUCGCGGCAGUGUCUUCGACCAGGCGCAGGUCGAGGAGGAGGUCGAGCGCCGGGUCGCUUCGAUCCGCCAGGAGGUUGACCGCGACGUCCACCUCGCCCGUCAAAAGCUCGCCCAGCGCGAUGCAUCGGUCGCCGAGCUGCGCGAUGAGCUUCGCUCGCGCCGCGAAGAGGUGGACCGUCUCGCCCGCGCCGUCCAGGAGGAGCGCCAGCACGCCGAGCUCGCCAACGGGGACCUCGAGGCUCAGCUUCAACGUAAAGAGCAGGAGCUCGAGGAGGCGCUUGGCAGUCAAGCGCUCGCGCACGAAGAGCUCGAGGCGACGUAUGCUCGUCUCGACGCCGCCGAAGUCGAGCGCGACACUGCCGUCAGCGCCGCCAACGCCAAGGAGGUCGAGCUUGCGCAGCAGGUCAAGCAGUGCGAGGCUGCGCUUGCCGCCAUGGCCGAUCUCGAGCAGGCUGUCGCUCGCGUCGAGGCCGAGGCCUCGGCGAAGGACGAGCAGCUGGCGAGUCUGCGGGCGGACUUCGAGGCGCAGCGCCUGGAGAGCGCCGACGUGCUUGCGAAGCGCGACGCGGUGCUUGCCGGAGCGGAAGGCGAAGCGGGUCGACUCAAGAAGGACCUCGAUGCGCUACAGAAGGAGAACAACCGGCUCAGCGACCUCGUCGCCAAGCUGCGACGAGACUCAGCCGACCGCGAGGUCAAGGUCGCCAAGCUCAAGAAGCGCGCUGCCGAGCUCGAGGAAGACGUCUUCGGCCUCAACAUCGCCCUCGACGCCAAGCAGCAGGAGGCAUCGCACUGGAAGCGACAGAUGUCGUCCCUCAAGCUUGAGCGAGAGAGGGCGACUUCGGUCUCGCAGGUCGUCGACGCUUCGGCCAUCGCUUCCACCAGCGUCUCGCGCUCCGUCCUCGCUCCGACUGUCCCUGCAUCAAGUCGCACCAGCAAGACCUCCGCUCGCCGCUCGUCCGUCUCGAAGCGGCAGCAUGCGACGACGCCUUUCCCCGCCGACAAGCAGCAGGCUGCGGCGACAACUGCUCGACGAGUGUCCAUCUCCGUCCCAGCAAGCCGCGCGACCACCGACACCGAAGACGAAGAGUUCUCGCACGACCUCACGCUUCCGCCUCUUCAUGCCGGGAACGAAGAGACGCCUAUCCGACCGAUCCAGCCGAGCGUGCGGCGUGCGAGCAGCGCUGCGAUCUUGAGCAGCGGGAUGAGCUACCCCGGGCGGAUAGCGAAGGAGAAGGAGCGGCAGCGGGCGAGGAAGGAGAGCGAGGAGGCGAAGGAGAAUGCGGCGCCGGCGCCGGCUAGACGGGCUCGCGAGGCAGUCGUUGCUUAG